AUGUCAGCGGACCUACUAUAUGAAUAUUCCUAUCCACAAACUGAUUAUUUUAAAAGUUCUUUUGAAGACGUUUCGUCUCCAGAGUCUCUUGACGACACCGAUUGGUCUUCAUCGCAAGAUCGACAUUUCCAACCAUCAUUCGAUAUAGAUUUUUGCAUUUGGAAAGAAAACUCCUUGUCACCACAACUCGAACCAGAGCAACUUCCGCCAACUGUACAAACUCCGCCAAUCCUCCCAAAAUCUACACAUGUAAUGCCGUCGCCCACAUCGAGCAGUCUUUGUUGCCACGUGUGCGCAUCUCCGACUGCUAAUACUCUGCACUUCGGUGGCCGAUCUUGUAAGGCAUGUGCCGCGUUCUUUCGCCGAAGUGUUGCAAUGUCAAUGACAUACGAAUGUAUAGGAUCAGGAGAUGAUUCAACUCCUUGUAAAAUUCACUUUGAACUCCGAAUGCUCUGCCGUCAUUGUCGUUUUAUAAAAUGUUUAGAAGCUGGAAUGCGCAGAGAACUGGUGCAAGCGAAAAAAGAGGAAACGAGAGUGGCAAAACGGCGGUCCAAAGGAUUGGUUGUGUCGAAGAAUGAGAAUGGAAACAUCGAAAAUACGUAUGAUGAAUAUGUGAAUUCCUACACAAACGCGCUUGAUGGAAGCCCAAAGAUGGAGCCCACGGACGUUAUACCUGAAUCGUAUCUCUCCCCUGAUAUCUCAUCAUCAUCCCAACCACUCGAUAUGACUACACGGAUAUCUUUAUCACCUCCACCUCCACUUCCGUCCACUCCAUCAGUCCUUCUAACACCGGCUACUGUAAUGGUAUCUUCGCAUCGUGCAGUAUCUCAUUCUCCUCCAUUUGAUCCACAACAAGCGAGUACCAGUCAUGCAGGAGUUAUUCAGCAUUCUAAUGUUCAAUAUUACCGAAUUGUGGACGAUGACAACAAGUUGUUCGAUUUGGUUGAUCAUUAUGUGAGAACGGAAGCAUCUUUGAAUGACAGGAGAAAAAUUAUGUACACAGACACUCAGAUUCGCGACGUUUUCGAUACAACCUGUGAAUGUCCAUACGAACGGCAUCAACUGAAACCAUUUAAUUACAAAACAUUUUGUGGAUUCGUCAAACACGAUUUCGUCAUGAUUCUGGAUUAUGUAAAUCAGUUUCCUGAAUUCCAAGCACUUGCGAAGAAUGACAAAAAUGUUGUGUAUCGGAUGGCUUGUGCUGUAGAUUCAAUGCUCGCUUCCGCUUAUUACACGUAUAGAGUUGGCAUUGAAAACGAACAUCUCAUACUGUUCAAUGGAGACUUUAUCAAAAUGAAUCCAGUUCCGAUCGGUGGAGAUGAACCAGGUGCCGAGGCUAAUUUUGAAUCGACUCAAGAGCAUGAAAAAUAUAAAACUCUGAUGCCACUGAAACUGAAACAAUAUUUCGAUCUGGCACUACCAUUUGCUCGUUUGGAAGUUUCAUUCGAAGAGUAUACUCUACUGAAAGCUCUCAUUAUUUGGCAAAUCAGUAACUAUCGAUUACUUGACGAUGGUCGUGCCAUUUGUGCUCGUCAAAGAGAUGCAAUAGUUCAAGCACUUCAUAGAGUUGUAGAAGAACGGGGCGAUGAAGAUCCCGCAAUUCGAGUCGGGCAGCUACUCCUCAGUAUGAGUUAUAUUACGGAACAAGUUCAAGCAAUGACUAGCUCAUAUCUCGUCAUGACAUUCUUCGACGUUGUUUCCUGUGACAGUAUAAUGUACGAUCUGCUCUCAUUUAAGUAA